CUCCAGUUGUGUAUUCUCUUCAAUCUGAUUGACAGCAAUCCUUCAUCCAACAGAUCAGAUAAUUAAAUGGUAACAUAAAUCGAUGGGAACCCCACAUAUUGCAGAGUAGCUGUGAGUGGCCAGGAGAGAUCGAAAUGUGAGGUUUAUAUUGAUGGCCUAGAGAUACAUCUUCCAGCACACAGGAUAAUAGGAGCCAAGCAAAUCAAGAGAAUGCAUUGAAGAAUAUACGCCAAGAGAAUUAGUUUGCAUUUUAAAUGCAAUUAUAUUAAUUGGCUAGCUGUAUAGUGUAUUCUAUUAUUUAUACACAAGUACUUCGUCUACUACAUUUACAUCAUAUAUGGGACAAUAAUACAGUGGCGAAUCAGGUACAAAUUGUGCUUAUUGUGCAAACGUGUAUACGAUGUAUCUUUACGUUAUUUGUAUUGCAAAUUGAGAUUCAAAGUGUUGCAUAUUAUUCAAUCAUAAAAUAUCAGCUGCUUAUUAACGUAAUAAAGUAACUUAUAAUUAUUUGUUAUUUUGGGACUCCUGUUUUAAUUAUGACUCUUGUUUAUUAUAAAUAAAUGUCAGGGCUACCAAUAUGGUUGCAUCUCGUAAUCAUUCUCACGUGAUAUCAAAAGUCAGAAUCAUCUUACACUAUUUUUUUUUCUCCCGCCGAGACAUCUACUACUGCCACAACGUCUGCACCGGUCUCCACCAUGGUUGCGACGUCUGCACCGGUCUCCACCAUGGCUGCGACGUCUGCACCGGUCUCCACCAUGGCUGCACCACCUCUUUAAUUCUACGACAACAUCGAACCAGGGCACCUCCACCUUCUCCUCUUUGCCAGCCUUCUUCGCUACCAGGACUUCGAGUGCCGCUCCUCCAUUGUUACAGCCACGGUCUGCCAUCUUCAUGUUGUCGGAUGCCGCUGCUUGGGACCCGCCGGUUUCACAUGGACUCCAUCGCAGCCAGUGCUCUACCCACACCCGCAGCCCCCAGGUCUCCAUCCUCUGCAGCGGUUGUGCCAGUUCACCAUUCGAACGUCUUCCAUUUUUGUCGGGCCAACUUUUGUCGGAUCUCUCGGAAUUGCUCCGAUGUCUCAUCCGAGAAUCAUUGGUCCUUGCAAUACGGAUUCAGUUGUUCCAGGUUGAGGCUAGAGUCCUACUACCUGCACCUUUGCCUAGGGUGAUUGAUCGAGAAGGAAGACGUGGUUCGUGCUUCCAUUCUUAUUUCAAAUGUAUAAACUGCUCAUGGAUUUUUGAACAAUAUUUUCAUUAAAACAGUUGGGGGCCUGCGUGCCCGUGUUUGCCACGUGUGGCUAAGUAUCAAACAUUUUAUUAUUCCGC